GAUUCCAACGGGCUGGGCAGGGAGUUCGACGGGAUCGGGGCUGUCAGCGGCGGCGGGGCCACAUCUAGACUCCUGGUGAACUACCAAGAACCUUAUCGGUCCCAGAUUUUAGAUUACCUGUUCAAGCCAAAUUUUGGUGCUUCUUUACAUAUUCUCAAGGUAGAGAUUGGAGGUGAUGCACAGUCAACAGACGGUACUGAACCCUCCCAUAUGCACUAUGAAAAUGAUGAGAACUACUUCCGGGGCUAUGAAUGGUGGCUGAUGAAAGAAGCUAAAAAGAGAAACCCCAAAAUUAAACUGAUUGGAUUACCUUGGGCAUUUCCAGGAUGGAUAGGGAAGGGUGAAAAUUGGCCCUAUGACUAUCCAGAUAUCACUGCUUACUAUAUUGUUUCUUGGAUAUUAGGAGCAAAACAGUAUCAUGAUUUGGACAUUGAUUAUAUUGGGAUAUGGAAUGAAAGGGCAUUUAGUAGCAAAUACAUUAAGCUGUUGAGGUACACAUUGGAUAAGCAUGGUCUGGAGCAGGUGAGGAUCAUAGCCAGCGAUAGACUGUGGGAGCCCAUUUCCUUUGUCAUGAUGAUUGACUCUGAGCUCCACGGAGUGGUCGAUGUGAUUGGGGCUCAUUAUCCUGGGACAAAAACAGUGAAAAAUGCCAUAUUAACUGGGAAGAAACUGUGGUCAUCAGAAGAUUACAGUACUUUCAAUAAUGAUGUUGGUGCAGGCUGCUGGGCUCGGAUCCUGAACCAAAACUACGUGAAUGGAAACAUGACCUCAACAAUUGCAUGGAAUCUGGUGGCUAGUUAUUAUGAGGAGUUGCCCUUUGGUCGGUGUGGAUUAAUGACAGCACAGGAGCCGUGGAGUGGCCACUAUAAAGUUGAAUCUCCCAUCUGGAUUACAGCACACACCACACAAUUUACUCAGCCAGGCUGGUCAUACUUGCAAGUGGAUGGACACUUAGAAGGAGGUGGCAGUUUUGUGGCUCUGACAGAUGGCCUAGGGAACCUUACCAUCAUCAUUGAAACUAUGAGUCAUAAUCACUCUAAAUGUAUCAGGCCUCCAUUGCCAAAUUUCAGUGUCAUACCUCAGAGAGCAACUUUCUACCUCAGAGGGUCAUUUUAUAUGGUGGAAACCCUUCAAGUGUGGCAUUCUAGACUUGAUUUUGAAUCUGGAAAAUCCAGUCUUUUCCAGCAACUCCAUCCUGUAUGGAAGGGAAGGUUUUCUUUAGAUCUGAAUGUAGAUGAAGUCUACACUUUAACCACACUCAAGACAGGAUGGAAAUGUGAAUUCCCAGAGCCUCCUCCUCCUCAACCCUUUCCUUCAAAUUACAGAGAUGAUUUCAAUAUACGUAAUCCACCUUUCAGUGAAGCCCCAAAUUUUGCAGAUCAGACAGGUGUAUUUGAAUACUUUGUAAAUGCUUCUGACCCAGGAGAUCAUGUGUUCACACUUCGCCAGGUGGUGGUGCAGCGGCCCAUCACUUGGGUUUCUGAUGCAGACCAGACCAUCAGUGUCAUAGGAAAUUUUAAGUGGGUAAACAUGACAGUCACUUGUGACAUCUACAUAGAAAAACCUCGUGAUGGAGGUGUGUUUAUUGCAGGAAGAGUUGACAAUGGUGGGAUAUAUGUGCGACGUACCAAAGGAGUUUUCUUCUGGGUUUUUGCAGAUGGCAGCUACAGAGUCACUGGUGACCUAGCUGGAGAAGAAAUAUUAAUGAAAGGACUUGCUGGUGUCCGGGAUAAUGCAUGGCACACACUUACUCUCAACAUUCAGGGCAACUCUGCCUCAGGACUGUUAAAUGGUUAUCCACUCUGGGAGAAUGUCACCAUUUCUAAACCAAGCAAUGGCUGGGCUGCUCUCGGAACUCGCUCAUUUGAGUUUGCACAGUUUGACAACUUUCACGUUGAAGCUUGCUGAGGUGGCUUUGGCAUUUGGAGAUCCUGGUUCUCAUGUUACUUUGAAUAAGAGCCAAG